GACUCGAAGUAUACCUCGUUCUCCCGAGCAACGUGGCUCGUCUUGAUGUUCGUAGCCGCGUAGAAGCUCUCUGUCUCUCUGUCUCCGUCGGAGCUCCGAGCAAGUGAUUGUGUUUCAUUUCAGAUACAUUUAACCUGUAGCAGAGCUGUUUUGAUGUAUGCCUUACCUGUUUACAAGGCUUUUGAUCUUUUUCCCCCACUUUUCUGCAAGCAGAACCUCUUGCUCUGAAUCUCACUGAAUGCUCCUAGCAUCUUUGAGAUGUAUCGCUCGGUGGUGAAGUGCCUUUUUGUGCUUCCAUCCUAUAUCAAUAAUACAAAUAGACAUUUUGUUUUCUCUCCUAUCAUCACUAGCAACUAUUCUCAUUUCUCCACAGAUUCCAAUACUCAACCUUUAUCUCCCCCAAAUCCUAAUAAUUAUCAACUACACCCUGAAAUCAAGGCUUCAUCAUCAUCAUCAUCAUCAUCAUCAUCAUCAUCAUCAUCAUCAUCAACAGCAGAAGGUGCGGCAAGUCCUCACUAUGAGACCCACAGCUCAAAAGAAGAACAAAGGCAGAGAGUUGAAUACCAAGAUGAGCAGGCCUGUGUCCUUCGAGCUUCCCUUCAUCAUGUGGUUAGGUUGGGAUGGACUGAAGCAGCCAUGAUUAAAGGGGCAAGGGAUGUUAGGGUGUCUCCUUCUAUUAUUGGAUCUUUCCCCAGAAAAGAAGCUGCACUUGUAGAGUUUUUCAUGGAUGAUUGCCUACAGAGAUUGAUUGACAUAAUUGACUCAGAAGAGUUAGGAAACUUGAUACCCAGUGAGCGGAUCUCAAAGCUUGUUCAAAUUCGCCUAGAAAUGCAGGCACCAUACAUAUCAAAAUGGCCUCAAGCACUAAGCAUCCAGUCCCAACCAUUGAAUAUCACAACUAGCUUUAAGCAGCGGGCAAUGCUGGUUGAUGAAAUCUGGCAUGCUGUUGGAGACCAAGCAUCUGAUAUUGAUUGGUAUCUGAAGCGCACAAUCCUUGGAGGCAUAUAUUCUGCAUCUGAGGUUUACAUGCUGACUGAUAAUUCACCAGAUUUUCGUGAUACAUGGGCUUUUUUGGAUCGCCGAGUGAAAGAUGCUUUUGAUCUUGGGAAAACUCUUCAAGAGGCGAAGUACUUGGCAGAAGCUGUUGGUGCAGGAAUGGGGAAUUCAGUGCAGGGAUUCAUGAGGAGAGUAUUUCAGGGAUGAACAUUCAAAGGCAGAUCCAUUCAGAUCUACUGUGUGGAACUUAUGGAUGACCCUUUCCUGUUUCGAAGUCCUGAAAAUAAAGUCCCUACGUUCCAUAACACAUUUUCUUAUUCCAUGUUUCCAUGAAGGUGAGACGGUGGAGUGGAAUACACCCUUUAUUACAUUUAAAUGCUUUUAUGAGUUUUUCUCCCCAUUGUAGGAUUAUUGGGUUGUGUGAACAUAAUAAGCAAGAAAUAGAAUCAUGGUCUUGCCACAUGAUCUUGAAUAGAAAGGAUAUUAAGACCAUGUUAAUUCUGGCCCUCAAAAUUCAACCGUAGGAAUCACUUGGACCUUUGCUCCGAUCAGGAACAUUUGGUUGGUCUAUCCGUCUAUAUGAGAAGCAGCAUUUGUAUUGUAUCGUUCGAUUA